AUGCGCGUCCAACACACUUCCCACUCCUUCCCCGCCUUUCCCGUCUUCUCCUCCGCAUUCGUCGCAGACAACGAACUCGUCGUCGGCGGUGGCGGCGGCGCAUCCCGCACGGGCAUCAAGAACAGACUCAGACUCUACCGCGUUUCAGAUGACCGCAACCUCGACCUCCUUGGCGAGCGCGAACUCGACAAAGAUGAGGAUGCGCCCAUGAGCAUGGCUGCACUUCAGAAGAACAAGACCUUCGUGUGCGGCAUCAACAGCUCUGCACAGAAGAUAUCGACUGGCCAGAACGACAACUGCCGCGUCUUUGCCAUUGAGGGAGCUGAACAUACCGAGGAUGACUACCAGAAAGUAGCCGUACUCUCCCCAGAUGGAACUCUCGUCGCUGUAGCAGGCGAGCGCGACUUCGCCCUUCUUUCAUAUCCCUUGCUCAACCCCGUAGCAAGCCCGAUCCACCUCGCCAACGGCGGAAUUUACGACUCGUCCUUUACCGAUGAUAGGGUCAUCCUCGUCACCUCCCAGAACAUCCUCGUCUACGCCCUCCCCGACCCCGUUUCCUCAACCUCCCCGCCUCCCUCCCCAUCCCCCAAUUCCAAAUCAAAGAAGAAGGGAAAACAGAAGAACAAAUCCUCGCCUACCGCAUCCUCCUCCUCUUCCCUCUCGCCCAACGGCGCCUCGUCCUCCAGCAGCACCUCAACAGCCGAGCUCGAGCUCCUCCAGACUCUCGGCGUCCCCGCCCUGCCCACGACGCCCAAGGGCAGCACCGUGAUCUUCCGCGCGGCGCGCUUCCGUCCCGGCGCCCCAGACACGCUGCACGCUGUACUGAACGUGACGCUCCCACGCGCGCCGCGGGCCAAGGUCGCGAAGCGGCAGACGUACGUCGGCGUGUGGAAGCUCAAGAAGAAGGGUGAGGGGGAAAAGGAGGAUAGCGGGGAGGUUUGGGAAAUGGUGAAGAACAGAAAGGUUGGCGAAGGCGCAGCGACGUGUUUUGAUGUGAGUGCGGAUGGGAAGUUCUUUGGUCUUGGGUUCCAGGACUAUUCGGUGGGCGUGUUCGACUCGCAGAGUUUACUGCCAUUAUGCUCUGUUCUAAAGGCCCACGAGUUUGCAAUCACAACUCUACGCUUUAGCCCAACUUCGCGGCUCCUUGUGUCGGCUAGUGCAGACAACACCCUGCGCGUCAUCAGCAUACCUGAGAAUCUUGGACAACAAACCUGGACAAUGACCAUUAUCAUUAUCCUGACGGUCAUCAUUAUACUACUCGCUAUGGCACUAGCGAAGCCAUAG